AUGGCUGGAACAAUUCGUAAGGAGAUCUUGAAGGUCGUGCUUAGGGAGACGAAUGAGAAAGAGGAAAAGAAAAAGGAGGCCGAGGCACCCUCCAAGCUGGACACUUCCAAUAGUACGGGUGGUUUCGUGGCUGUGUCUACCGACAUAAUGAAGUACACCAGUGUGUAUCCGGACAAGCCCGAACUCAAUGUGAUUUUGGCGGACGAGCCUGCUCCUUGGAAGAACUUGUUAUACUAUUUUGAGAUUUACGUCAAAGACGCUGACUUUAAGGGCAAGAUCGCCAUUGGCUUCACUCUCGCAUUAUUUUUAAUGAAUAUAGAGCCAUGGUGGGAGGACCUUAUCGCGGGUCAUGAAAGUUCUCAUGGUGUGCUUUACAGUGGCGAUGAGGAUACUGGCUCAACCUUUUUAUCUGGUGAUGUAAUCGGCGCCGGAAUUAACUACUCCACGAAUGAAUUCUUUUUCUGCAAAAAUGGUGAACUUGUCCACUCAGUUCCCAAUAACUUGAGUAACCGCGGCCUUUAUCCAACGAUUGCCGUCCUUAGCCAGCACGAAGACCUUAUUCGCUCCUACCUGCUACACUCUGGCUAUGAAGAUACAUUUAAUUCAUUUGAUGUUGUUCCUUCUUCACCCAUAACUGAUGAGCAGACAAACACGUUAAAUCACAGAUCCACACUACGGCAGCUAAUCAUGAAUGGGAACGUUGAUGGUGCAUUUGCUAAAGUGCAUGAAUGGUAUCCACAGAUUGUUGAGGACUGCAUUGCUUUGAGGGCAUAUGAAAUGCCUCUCGAAGUUUUAGCCAAUGCAGUAAAUGCGUUCGUGUUGUCUACAGAUCCUCACAUGGAAGAAGCAAAGGAUUGCUUGCACUCACCUCUUGAGAGGUUACUUAAGCAGCUCACUGCCUGCAAACGAUAUGAGGGAGAAGAUUUCCUAUGUCUCUUCCUCCUCUCCCAUGGCAUCCACCCCAUCGUCAUCUCCAAUUCCCUCCACAAGGCUGCCAUCAAGGCUGUCGAUCUUUACCCCGCCACAGGCGUCCCGGUUGAGCUCUCCGACUACGACUUCCUCGUGAAGUCCGCCAGCACUUCCCUCAACAUUGAGGUUUAG